GCAUUAUUUCAUUAAUUGCCUACUAACCGUUUGUUGAGAAGAAGCCCUGGGUACAAGCGUUUAGCCUCGCUGUUUUCUUCCUAAAUUCUAGCAGUUGGGGAAGCAGGGGAGUAGUAACCGCACAAAGAAGUUCCUCUCUUUUUACCGGGAAGCAACUCCUCUCCUCCCCAUUUCCAAUCUUUCUCGCAAUUUUCAUCUGCGGCCAUGGCUUCCGAGGAUUUCACAGACAAGAACUCUGUGUUCAAGAAGCUCAAAGCGAGGUCCGAUAACAAGAUGUGUUUUGAUUGCAAUGCGAAGAACCCUAGUUGGGCUUCUGUUACAUAUGGGAUAUUCCUCUGCAUGGAUUGCUCGGCUUUUCACCGCAGCCUCGGCGUGCACAUCAGCUUCGUGAGGUCAACUAAUUUGGAUUCAUGGAGUCCUGAGCAGCUUAGAAUGAUGGCUUUCGGCGGCAACAAUCGUGCACAUGUCUUCUUUAAGCAACAUGGAUGGACAGAUGGUGGUAAAAUUGAGGCAAAGUAUGCUUCAAGAGCAGCUGAAAUAUAUAGGCAAAUACUGUCUAAAGAAGUUGCUAAAAGCAUGGAAGAAGAUGCCAUGUUACCUUCUUUAUCAGUUAAGGAAGCAUCAUUACAAAAGCCUGCUAAUGGUCUUAAGGAGCUUGAGGCUGCCCAUAUGUUGGAACAAAAUCCAGUGAACAAUCAUGGAGGUGCAGAGACUGCUCAUUCUCCUAAAGCAACUAAUUCACCGGUGAUCAAUUUUGUUAAAAAGCCCAUUAGCAGUAAAAAACCUGGAAGCAAGAGCGGUGGCCUUGGCGUUAGAAAACUUACUACAAAGCAAAAUGAAAGUUUGUAUGACCAGAAGCCUGAAAAUUCUGAACCAGCAGUAUCGUCAUUGGCUAGUCAGACAAAUGGAUCAUCCUUGUCAUCUCGGAUCGAGUAUGUUGAAAGCAAGCCAGCUGCUGAAACCAUUUCUGAAGUUGCCAAAAAAAGUGGACAUGUAGCCCCUCCAAAAUCCUCAAAUUUCUUUGAUGAAUUUGGAAUGGACGGUAGAUAUCAGAAAAAAAUGAGCUCUACCUUAUCAAAAAUUGAGGAAAGCAAUGAAGCAAGACUGAAGUUUUCUAAUGCAAAAUCUAUUUCAUCUGCACAAUUUUUUGGAGAACAGAAUAAGACAAUUGGCAAAGAGGAUAAGAUUGUCUUGCAGAAAUUUAGGGGUGCAACAUCCAUUUCCAGUGCAGAUAUUUUUGGUAAUGAUGCUGGCGAUUCUCAUCUUGAUCUGGCUGCAGCUGACCUCAUCAACCGGCUCUCCUUCCAGGCAUCUCAAGAUAUAUCUUCUCUUAAGAACAUGGCUGGUGAGACGAGUAAGAAGCUGACUUCUCUAGCUUCCAGUUUGAUGAAUGAUUUGCAAGAAAGAAUCCUUUGAGGGUUACAAAUGUAAAUUCAAUUUACUGUCUUAUCAAAAUUGAUAUCAGUUGUUGUUAAAAGUGAUUAAGUUGUGUCGUCUAUUCAUUCCACCAUUGUAUUCAUGAAGCUUCAUGACCGAUCUUUUUCGGUUUAUUUUUUCUUUUUUAUUUUUUUA